UAUAAAUACGUGCCGCGCCCGCCGCGUCUCCCUCUGAGCUCAGCACCUGGUGUGAAGAUGGCGCCGAAAGACAAGGCUAAGAAGUCAAUCUGGAAGUUUCAUUUGGAUCUUACUCAUCCAAUAGAAGAUGGAAUUUUUGAUUCUGCAAAUUUUGAACAGUUUCUACUGGAGAAGGUUAAAGUCAAUGGAAAAACUGGAAAUCUCGGAAACGUUGUUCAUAUUGAACGAUUCAAGAAUAAAAUUACAGUAGUUUCUGAGAAACGGUUCUCUAAAAGGUAUUUGAAAUACCUUACCAAGAAAUACCUUAAGAAGAACAACCUUCGUGAUUGGCUUCGGGUGGUUGCGUCUGACAAGGAAACUUACGAGCUUCGUUAUUUCCAGAUUAGUCAAGAUGACGAUGAAUCUGAAAUUGAGGAUUAGAUGAAGCCUCUGUACAGGGCUUUGCUUACUAAUGCAAUGUAGGAAUGGGAGACAUUGCGAAUAAUCUUGAAUAAAAAACAUUGUACUUCUA